AUUUAACCGAGUGAUUAUAAUCCGCAUGGUGAUGAGAAAGCCACGAUUGAAGCAGCUGGUGUUUAUAUUAUUGAUUGGGAUAUACCUCUAUUCGAUGGUCACUUUCCCAUAAUGUGUGUCAUGGUGACGUUCAGGGUUGCCACCAAAUGAUGUGUGGGGUAUGGAAAUCCACCAAUCAAACUGCACCCAAAAACACCAGCGGCCACCAGUCCCAUCACCUCUUCCAGAAGAAGACGAAGAAGAAGAAGAGGAAGUUACCAAAAGGGGCUGGGCUGCCUCUCAAAAGAAAAUCUCUAGACGUUUCCAUUGAUUAUAUAUUAUAAUAUAGUUUUCAGAAGCUUCCUUUCCUUUCGUUUAGAUUGCCUAUAGGAACGAGCUUCUCAACGGAAUAAACUACCCUGAAUCCCGUCACGCGCCAAUUGAAUUUCUCUCUCAAUUCAAUCUCUUCCCUACUCUGUUUGCUGCAACUCCAUUUAAAUUCUCUGUUCCUGUGCCAUUCUGGCGCUCAAAUUGAGAAUCCUUUUGCAAUCUGGAUCAUGGAUCCUGCCUUCCCAGUUGAGGAAGAGUACCUGGGCCUGAGCUUAUUGCAGUCCGGGGAGCCGCGGCCGCCUCAGCCGAAGGAGGGGCUUCAUGACACCGGCCCUCCGCCGUUUCUGACCAAGACCUUCGACAUGGUGAAUGAUCCAACCAGUGAUCACAUGGUUUCUUGGAGCAGAAGGGGUCACAGCUUUGUUGUUUGGGAUCCAUAUGCCUUCUCCACGAUUCUCCUCCCUAGAUGCUUCAAGCACAACAACUUCUCAUCUUUUGUCAGGCAGCUCAACACUUAUGGCUUUAGGAAGAUUGAUCCAGAUAAAUGGGAAUUUGCCAACGAAGGAUUUCUAAGGGGCCAGAGACAUCUCCUAAAGAACAUCAAAAGAAGAAGAACUUCUCCGCAGCCUCUUCCUCCCGAGCAAGCCCUAGGUCCUUGUCUCGGGAUUGGAAAAGCCGGAGACGGAGACACAGAAGUCGAUCGUUUGAGGCGAGACAAGCAAGUCCUGAUGAUGGAACUUGUCAAGCUUAGAGAGCAGCACCAGAUCAGCAGAGCCCGGGUUCAAGCUAUGGAAUUGAGGCUCGAAGGGACUGAGAGGAAGCAGCAACAAAUGAUGAGGUUUCUGGCUAGAGCCAUGCAAAACCCGGCAUUUAUCGAGCAGUUAAUCCAACAAAAGGGGGAAAGAAAGCAACUUGAAGAAACCAUUAGCAAAAAAAGGCGGCUCCAUAUUGAUCAAGGCCCCAGUGGCUUUCGAGGCGAAUCGAGUCAGGGUGCUGAAGGGCUAGACCCCAUCAAAAUUGAACCUCUAGAAUUUGCAGAACCCCAUGGAUGUCAAGUGUCAGAGCUGGAGGUGCUUGCCUUGGAAAUACAGGGCUUGGGCAGAUCAAGAAAGAAGCAAGAACGACAAGAUUUUGAGCAAUUUGAGAGUUCGGAUAAAGAGCUUGACGAGGGAUUCUGGGAAGAGUUCCUGAACGAGAAGCUUAACCAAGAAUCUGGCUUUCCAGGGGAUGAAGGGAAGGGCGGAGACGAAGAUGUGAAGUUCUUGGCUAAUCAGUUGGACCUCUUGGGUUCAAGCCCAAACUAGAAAGCUGCUAACUACCCACCCCGCCAAAAAAAAAAAAAAAAAAACAGAACACUAGAAAGCUGCUACUGUUACUACCUACCACCUACUACCUAGGCAUUGACCACCCUUCAUUUUCUGCUCUAAAUAUUUGAUUUUCAUCUGUAAUUUCCUCAAUCCGUGUCUCGUCUUGUCUAUUCCAUAGUGGUGCAGUUCUGGGUGUAGUUUCAGUUCUUUUAAGUCCCUGAUCUAGACCAUUAAACUCUCUCUCUUCUGGACAAGGAAUCACCAAGAACUUUGUUUGGUUCUUGAUGUUCCUUAUGAUUACUGAAUUCGUUGGCUGAAUUAAUACUUGUUUGGCUGCAUAUGA